UUACACUUGUUACUAGUAAUUGAGAGAUAUAUUAGACAGGUCAAUGGAAGAUCUUGGCUCGCUCUCUCAAAUCUGAGUUGGGUUAUUCAUUGAAUCAUUGUUGCUCCAACUCUCUAAACGAGAGAGUGGUUGGAGAAAGAGGGAGAGAUGCUGGACAACGCUCAGGCAGCGAUAUUACCCCAAGCAGCGGAAUCGGGCACUGUGGUCAAGCGCUACGCUCCUCCUAAUCAAAGGAACCGUUCUGCCAACAGGCGCAAGUCUUCUGAUCGGCUUGAUCGAGCAAACAGUGCAGGAAAUGAUUCAGAAAAGAAUCAAAAUGCUUUGCCAAGAAAUGCUCAUGUUCCAGAUCAGGGAGAUAUUGGUUGCUACAGUCUUGUUAAUGAGAAUCAUUAUUCAAGAUUCAUAGCUCUAGAAGGGUGUAGCUGCAGUGCUGCUUCCCAGCUUCUUAACGAUCGUUGGUCAGCUGCAAUACAGUCAUACAAUAAUGCCAAAGAUUCAUCUGAAAAGCCAGAAAUGUAUUCGGGUGCUACAUCAUCAGUGUGGACUCAGUUCAGACUCCCUCAUCAGAUUAUGUCCCCAGGUCCUUCAUCUUUUGGUUCACAGCUGGACUUCCUGGGAGAACUUCGCCGCCAAAUGCAUCGUGCAAAUCCUAAUCCUGGUUUCAGCCCGUGAUGGCUGACUUGGAUCAUUUAAUAAGUAGUUGACUGGGUCCCUUAAGAGCACUUGGCUGCUCAGGUACAUGCUCUUGUUUGUCAAACUGUUUACAUGUUUCGCGGUAUAUGUAGCUCGAUGAUAUAAGAAUCUAUGCGCCACUCUGUAAAUUCCAUUCAGGAUUCAUAUUUACUAUGCCUUCGAAGAAUGAGUUCCGUCGUUUUUGACUUUUCGCUGUAUAACGUAAGCAACUUCAAUAUAAUAUGAAUUAAAUUAUUCCCCAA